AUGACCACAAAUGAACGCAUGACUCAUACUCAUGACACAUGUUUGCAGUGUUGGACACAAGUGAAUGCCUCCCGAAGACUGUUGUCACCCAAUGUGACCACAAGUGUCUGCAAGAGGUUUAUAAACUACGCGAGACUUCGCACGUAUUGGCGGAUCAUUCGUCUGAAGGACAGAGGAGUUGAACACAACUUCAAGAAGGAUGCCAUCGACCGGACGAGCAAUAUAUUGGUCUAUAAGGCAGAAAUCAAUCGCAUCGCCACUAUGGGAGGCAUACUGUUCCCCGCCUUCACUAUACUCUUAUGCAUUGUCUUCAAACUGUUGCCCGAAGACGCAUCAGUACCACCUGAUCCUCACCAUAAUCCUAGUCUUAUGGAGAAGUAUAUCCUGGAAAUAAUGAUCAUAACGUCUUUGUUUCACAUAAACCUCUCGCGACGCUAUGUCUUACGGAUGUACUUCAACCGCAACACUCGUAUGUUUAGUGUCUCGACGUGGAGAUGGUUUAUGCCGUUCAAGACACACACGUUUCAGUGCAAACCCGGGGCUGCCGUUCAGCGUCAGGUGAUUAAGAGCGACAACCCUCUGGUGGCCACCAUUUUCGGGAACUGCAAAAUGAAUGGCAGAACUUUUUUUGUGAACGAAAGUCACUUCACUUUUCCCGUCUAUUAUAACGUGUUGUUCGGAUUCAGUGACACGAGUGUUGUGUCCGAUAUGAAGGAACUGGAUUCCGGACAAAUGGAUAAACUCGUGCGCGAGAGGGAGANUGAACGAAAUGACACGAGUGUUGUGUCCGAUAUGAAGGAACUGGAUUCCGGACAAAUGGAUAAACUCGUGCGCGAGAGGGAGAAGAAGUUGUAUAAUUGA